AUGCCGGAAACCUUCAAGGUCAUAAAGAAGUCAUACAAUCAUUACACAGCCGCGUUCAUCUUCUAUGGUAAUAGCCACACGAAGUCAUCGCCGGCAACGGGGGUUGAAUAUCACGCUCUGCAGAGCCUAAGCUUGCCAACCAUACUGACGACGAUGGGAUCGAUAUGCUCGCGGCCCGAGGAGCCCAAGGUCCGAGUGCUCGCGCAUCCGAUCCGGGACUCGGUGGCCCUCCGCCAACGCAUAUCGCUCAACAGGCAGACCCUCGCCCGGAUCCUGGAACAAAUCGGCCACCCUGCUGCACAUCACGCCCGCCGCCAACCCGGGCCGUCCGGGCGACUGGGGGGGCCACAAAAGAAUCGUGCUCAAACAUCAUCAUCCCUUCCCUGCGAGAGCAAGACCGGCAGAAACCGGAGGACGAUGAGGAGCUCCUUUGGCCACACGAUAAUGCGGAAGCGGCGCACAGCGAAGCCCAUAAACGUGAACAAGCCACUCCCGCCACUCCCGGCACUCCCGCCGCCGCCGCCGCCGCCAUCGUCGUUGUCGACCACGACCCCUACGCCUACGCCGAUUCCGACCUCGACUCCGAUCCCGACAGCCGUUUCCGCCGGUCGGGCCGAGCCGGCGCCGGAGCACAAGCAUCAGAAGGCACACGCGCAGCACGAGCGGGAGCACAUCGCGAGACACCGGGCAGAAGCGCUGCGGUGCCUCGAGUCGCGCGGCCGGGCGCGGGGGCGCGCCGCAUCCCAUUCGCCGACCAGGGUGCCGAGCAUCAUCCUCCGGCGGAUCGUCGGGAGGAGGCGGGCCGGCGCGAUAUUGUUGGGAGGAGAAGGGGGGAUGAGAGUGGUUUGCUGA